AAAGAAAGCAAAAGAGUAUUACAAACAGAGAAAGAAAUCAAGAAUGGGUAAAAUGGAGGUUGAGAGGAAAACAACAGGCUGGGCUGCGAGAGACCCAUCUGGUUUACUCUCUCCUUACACCUACACUCUAAGAGAGACAGGACCAGAGGAUGUACACAUCAGAAUCAUUUGCUGUGGAAUCUGUCACACCGAUCUUCAUCAAACCAAAAAUGAUCUUGGCAUGUCGAACUACCCCAUGGUUCCUGGGCACGAGGUUGUAGGGGAAGUGGUGGAGGUGGGGUCAGGUGUGAGCAAGUUCACCGCAGGGGAUAUAGUUGGAGUUGGUUGUCUCGUUGGAUGUUGUGGAGGUUGUAGCCCAUGCGAGAGAGAUCUGGAACAGUACUGUCCCAAGAAGAUCUGGAGCUAUAACGAUGUUUACAUCGAUGGCCAGCCUACACAAGGCGGUUUCGCUAGAGCCACCGUUGUUCACCAAAAGUUUGUGGUGAAGAUUCCAGAAGGAAUGGCGGUUGAGCAGGCGGCACCACUACUGUGCGCCGGUGUGACCGUGUACAGUCCACUGGCUCACUUCGGUCUGAAGAAACCAGGCCUAAGAGGAGGCAUACUAGGGCUAGGUGGAGUUGGUCACAUGGGUGUGAAAAUAGCCAAAGCAAUGGGUCACCAUGUAACCGUCAUAAGCUCAUCAAACAAGAAGAGAGAAGAGGCUUUGAAAGAUCUUGGAGCAGAUGAAUACGUGAUCGGAUCCGACCAAACGAAGAUGAACGAAUUGGCUGAUUCAAUGGAUUACAUAAUCGACACGGUCCCUGUUCAUCAUGCACUUGAGCCUUACUUGUCUCUGCUUAGGCUUGAUGGGAAACUCAUACUCAUGGGAGUCAUCAACCAGCCCUUGCAGUUUAUCACUCCUAUGGUUAUGCUUGGGAGGAAAGUGAUAACUGGGAGCUUCAUAGGGAGCAUGAAGGAAACAGAGGAGAUGCUUGAGUUCUGUAAGGAAAAGGGUUUGAGUUCGAUCAUUGAAACUGUGAAGAUGGAUUAUGUGAACACUGCGUUUGAGAGACUCGAGAAGAACGAUGUGCGUUAUAGGUUUGUGGUUGAUGUUGAAGGAAGCAAACUCGAGGCUUGAAUAACAUGAAACUAAAUCACCUUUUCUCCUUCUUUUAAACCGGAUUUAUACCAUUUUCUGUUUGUUUGUGAGCGUUUAAAAUGGCUUGUCGCUGCUUUUCAUGUGAAAGCAUAUACAUAUAUUGGAAUUAAAACGUCUUUGUUUGAGCAUUUUUUUAAUUAUGAAUUACUUCUUUGAUGGGCUAAGUUACUGGCCUGGAACCCUUUGUUAAGGUUGGAGCCGGGACUAUCUGAUAAACCAA